AUGAAUAAGUUUUAUAUUCAAAUUGUUUUUUUUCUUUUAAGUGUUUCAGUGUAUCUGAAUAAUGAAACCCUUGCAGCUGAGGCUAUUCGAAGAAAAAAUAAAAAAUCCAAAUCAAAAAAUAGUUAUGCUACUUCAGAAGAAAUAUAUGAAAAAAACAAGGACCUAUUAUGUACCAACCCAAAAGAAACUAAAGAAGCGGAAGAACUUAUGAACGAAGCUGUAAAACAUUUAGAAUCUCAUGUUGCAUGCGUGGGAGGUUAUAAAACAUAUACAAAUUACAAUAAUCCUGAUGUGGAUUUAUGUAUAAAAAAACUUGAAAACCAUACAGAUAUUGAAAGAAUUGAUUAUAUGGUUUGUGGUUCCGAUAAGUAUAAUGAUACAAUAAACGAGAUAUGGGAUCCCAAUCAUCCCAGUCCUUUCAAUAAUGGCGAUGUUAAAAUUGCUCGUGUGUACAACCCAAAUUUAGUAAUAAUACAACAACGUUACAAAAAAAAAUGUGGAUCCCCUCAGAAAUACUUUUAUGCUUUAGCUACAAAGGUUCAAAUAUCAGAAAUUACAACUAUAAUUGCCUAUGUAUCAGCAGAUAUAAAUGAUCACAACCCUUCCAAAAAAAAAUACGAAAACACAAUCGUAAAAAAAGCAAAUUCAUUCAAAACUAACAUUAAUUCUGAAAAAGAUAUUAGAAAAGGAAAAUUAAAAAAAACGUUUGUUAACCUAGCUGGAUAUUACAUUCAAUAUUAUAAAGGCAGUACUAAUGUCACCUAUAUCGGAUCUAUUGAUGGACACUCUUUGAUUAAACCCAAUUGCUUUUGUGGAUCAUAUUAUAAGUGCUAUCAUAUUAAUAUAUAA